UCAAGCUUUCAGCUACUCAACAUAGAAAGUGAUGCUACAAUGCAGAAGACUGCUUGUCAUCAGUCGUAUGCGCCUGAGCACUCCAUCAUCUUCGCAAGCGGGAAAUGUACCUGCUGCCAAACCCGAUAAGAAUGCUGUAGAUCCCCUAGCAGAGUACACCAUGUUUGGGGGAAUUCGAAAAACCAAGAAGAACCCUUUUCAUUACACGGACAGAAAAAGCGGUGUUGGUUACUCCGACUAUUCGAACACAAUCUAUACGCACCGUCCGUACAUCUGGCCCCCACUGCGCAAGCUCUUCAAUCUGAAUUUCGCGAUUGUCGCUGUAGGAUUGAUUCUGAUCUCGAUAGAUUUUGAAUGGCUGAUGAAACAAGUCAAAUUAAUCGGGAAUGGAUUCAAACCUGAAGCAUCACAAUCGAAAUCUACCCCCAAAUCAGAAGAGAAGGAGGAUAUAUCAGACUCGAAUGUGGGAACGAAGAAGGCAGACAAGCCCAAAAAGAAGAAAAUUGGGUUUCGCGAGCGAAGAAUCAUCGAAUAUGAAGAUCGUAUUCGCCUAUAUUCUACACCAGACAAGAUUUUCAGAUACUUUGCUACGCUCAAGAUAUGGGUGAUGCAACCAAGAAAAUAUGGGUUGGAUAGCUAUAAAAUUUACCAACCAGAGAAGCAUAAGCACAAAUUCUCAGACACAAAAAGCAUUUUUUACAAACUUGGCGAGAAUGGCCUGAUAAGUUUCAGCGACUAUUUGUUCCUAAUGACUUUGCUAUCAACAUCACCAAACGAUUUUGCGCUUGCUUUCAAGAUUUUGGAUAUAAACGGUGAUGGAGCACUAGAUAAAGAGGAGUUCCACAAAGUCCAGCAUCUCAUAAUGUCGCAAACCACCGUAGGACAACGUCAUCGUGACCACAUCACUCCAAACUCAUCAUUCCGUGUCGAAUCGAACUCUGCUCUUGAGCAUUAUUUCUUUGGUGCAGAUGGUACAAAAACACUCUCUGCUACAAAGUUCCUGGAGUUCCAGAAGUCCCUCUAUGAUGACAUCUUACGAAUGGAAUUUGAAAGAAGAGAUGCUUUGGAUGGCGUUGACGGCCUAAUCUCUGAAGAUAGUUUUGCACAGCUGCUGCUAAUGCAUGCGCAGAUACCUGAUAAAAGACAAAAAAUUAUGAAGAAAAGGGUCAGAAGGAAGUAUAAGGAUCAUCAACAAGGAAUCACAUUUGACGAGACGCGUGCGUUUUUCCAAUUUCUCUACCACAUUGAAGAUGUCGAUAUGGCGCUCCAUUUCCACCGCAUGGCCGGCUUAUCCAUUGAUGCGGAGUUACUGAAAAGGGUUGCUCGGAAAAUUACCGGAGUGGAGUUGAGCGACCACGUUGUCGAUGUGGUGAUAACCUUAUUUGAUGACAACUUGGACGGUAAACUUUCAAACAACGAGAUGGUAGCUGUGAUGCGGCGACGAAUGCGACGCGGAUUGGAACAUCCGCGUGAUACGGGUCUAUUCCGCUUGGUGGAUGCCAUGCUUAUUUGUGGCAAACGCUCAUACCAUGCUAGUCCAUUGCCCUUCUAUUGAAUGGUUUCACAUCCAGAGACCAGUCGUUUCUCUCAGUUAUGCUGUAAUUAUCAAUGUUUUGAACUGUAGCUGUAUUCAUCAACGAACCCACUAGUUUCCGAAUCUAACUGAGUAGGUAACCCACGAGAACGGUAUUCACGAAGUCAUUGGGUUGGCGAACCCAGCGCAGACUUGUGCAUAUCGAAUCUACCCCGUGAUUCGUUGAUGGGUACGCCCACUGGUUUGACAGCUCUUGAGUACAAGCAAUCACUAAUCUAAAGCUUACGAGUAGCAUGAAUUAUCGAGAGCUUACUCGGGAGAAUGCCGUAGCAAAAACCGAUUGAAAGCGCUGGAGGAAGAUUUUCCUAAGCAUAUCGCACGGAGGUUUGCCAUGCUGGAAAUAAUUCUUACUCAUAGAUCAAUGUCAAUAUUCGACCACAAGAUGGUCUCAUUUUGUAGUGUGAAUAAAAAAGUUUAUUGUUGGAAUAUACUCUGAGAUGCGU